CACUCCGACCAAUUUAUUGUUUCCCGCUGUGAAGCUCUGGUGGGGAUUUGGAGCUAAAACAGACUUCACAACAACACAGUACUUGUGCGGAAGUUGCCGGUUUGGUGCGCCGAAAAUGGAGGUAUCACUGAAGAAUCGAAUUAUCCUCGUGACGGGAGCUGGUCAAGGGAUUGGCAAUGAACUGUGCAAACGCUUAGCAACUGCUGGAUGUCACGUCAUUGCUGUUUCACGUUCUGUGGCUCCACUGCAGUACUCUGCGUUGAUACCACUGCUUAUCGAAAUUGAGACAAUCUCCGUGGAUUUGAGCGAUUGGGCGUCAACACGGACGCGUUUGCAGCACAUCAAGAAGGUCGAUGGGGUUGUCAAUAAUGCUGGAAUUGCCAUCAUUAAGCCCUUUGAGGAGCUCACAGAGGAGGAUUUCGACAAAACUUUCUCCGUGAACACGAAGGCAGUCUUCAAUGUUUCCCAAAUGAUGGCCCCGCGGAUGCCCAGUGUUGGUGGGAGUAUUGUCAAUGUCUCCUCAUUGGCCUCACUUCGCUCCUUCCAGGGACACGCUGUCUACUCGGCCAGCAAGGCAGCUGUGGACUCAAUCACACGAAGCCUCGCCCUGGAACUUGGUCCACGGAAUAUUCGCGUAAAUAGCGUCAAUCCCACCGUGAUUCUCACGCGUAUGGGACGUGAAAAUUGGAGUGAUCCAUCAAAGGCAAAACCCCUCCUGGACAACAUUCCACUUCACAGAUUUGGGGAAGUUUCCGAGGUUGUGGACACAAUUAUUUACCUCCUCAGUGACAAAUCUUCCUUCAUGACGGGACACAGUUUACCCCUCGAAGGGGGCUACUGUGCCUGCUAAGCUCCUCCCCAACAAGACAAUUCUUCCCCUUAACUCUCCCCCAGAAGGAUCUUCCUGACGUCCGGAAGUCCUUAUUUUCCACCCAUUCCCAAACAAACUAAAACAUCACCCAAAUAUUUCGGUCAAAACAACCAAUUUCUUGUACAAUUUUCCGGGGUUUUUCACAAUAAAUUACAAAAGGAUAAAGUAAAGAAA